GUAAAAGAUGAUGAAAUAGAUGACAAAGUCAUUGCUCAAUUGCAAGAUUCUAUGAUUCGUGGGAAUAGUUCAACUUCAAAUGAAAGAGAUGAUAAUACCACUGCACCUACCAAUACCAAAAAUGAUGCCCCUGGUGAUCACUCUGCCCCUCAUGAUCAAAAGGUAACUCAUGAUCCAGAACAAGUUCCAGUUGAUAAACCUGAUGAUGACUCAGCAAUCAGAGAAGAAAUUCCUAAAGUGCCACUUAAAUCAGAAGCAGGAGGAGCUAUUGAUGAGACUUUAAUGACUGCAACUGUAUCUCAUGAUGUCGUGAGCAGGGGUAGUUCAUUUAUUGAUGAGAAAUUUGAUCCACUGGAAUAUUGCAGAAAGACAUCUAACAUUGAGAAAAUGGGUCUUCACAGACAGUGGCUAUAUUUUUUUGAUUCUGGUGGCCAAAUUCAGUUUCAAAAGUUAUUGCUAGCAUUCAUGCCAUGUCCUUCUGUUCUUAUUCUUGUGGUCAAUUUGUCCAAGAAACUUUCAGAGCCUUCAAAUACAGAGAUGGAGCUACCUAACAACGAGAAAGUAAUAGUUGAUAUCAAUUCCUUGAAAAUAAAAGAUAUUUUAUCUCAAAUGAUAUCUGCAAUAGCUUCUAAAACACAGCAGCAUAAGCUGGCUAAAAGUGAUUUUAAUUAUAUUAAAUAUCCUGAUGAAAAGCUCAUUGUCCUGACAGUAGGAACACACAGUGACAAAUUGGAGGGUUUCAUUAAAGAAGGUAAAGAAGGCAUUGAAAAAAUUGAAGCAAAGCAAACAGAAUUACGUAAAAUGCUAAAUUCAGUUUCUAAUUCAUGUACCUAUGACACUGACUGUCCCCUUUAUAAGAUUGAUGGUCGUAAAGCUGAUGAUAAGCCUGGUGAGUCUGAUGAUGGCGUUACCAGUGCUAGUAUAGAAAAAGUUUCCAAUCAUUUAAAAAAGCAAGCUCAUAAAAUUGACGUGCCAUUAAGGUGGCAUUAUUUUGGAGUCAUACUUCGUAAAAAGGCAAAUGAGAGCAAUGGUUUGUUAAGUAGGUCAGAAUGUGAGUUUUAUGGUAAAAUGCUGGGUAUGAAAGUUGAAGAAGUUCAUAGUGCACUUCAUUUUUUUCACAAAUUGGGAAUGUUAUUUUAUUAUCAUGAAUCGCCUACAAAUGAUAUAGUGUUUGUCAAGUUGGAUUGUCUCAUUGAUAUUAUCAGAGAUUUAGUGAUUACAGUAAGUAAAUCCUGGGACUUAUCAUUGGAGGAGUUACAUCCUGUAAAAAAGGAUUUACGUGUCAAAGGCAGUCUUUCUGUUGAGAUUCUUAAGUCAUCUGAUGCAUUUAAAGUGAUUGCAAAGCAGCUUUUUAAUGAUGACUAUGAUAUUUGCUUUAAAAAACUUAUAGCACUUUUCCAGUAUCUUAAAAUAGCUGCUGAAGAGCGAGAAGAAGGACAAUUUGUCAUGCCAGCACUUCUUCCCCUACAAGACGUAAACACCAUCAAACUGCCAUUUCCUCAGACAAAAAGUUCACCUCUUCUGUUUUAUUUCAAAAAUGCUGUUCCUAUGGGCUUCUUCUGUGCCAUUAUAGUCCAUCUUCUUUCAGAGUCAAAUCCUUGGAAAAUUUUUAGUGAAGAGGGUAGUUUUUCUAAUUUCUGUACUUUGCAGCAAAAAAUAAAAAGAGGUCGUUUUUUUAAAAUAGCAUUAGUGGAAAAGCUAAAUUGCAUUGAGAUUUAUUGUGAUAAAGGUCAGUAUCCACUUAAAGCAAAAAAUGAACUAGAUAAAGCUAUUGAUAGUGUUAUAAAAGUUCUGAAGCUUUGUGGAAAACCAUCACCAGCUUUUUAUUGUCCAUGCAAAAAAGGAGGAGAACAUGUAGCUACUGUAGAUCUGAAAGAGUGGGAUAAUAGCUCUAUUGAUUGUACAUUAUAUAGCAGUCUAGAACUAUCAGAUGAGAAGUACAAUGAUUAUUUUUCAUGGUUCUUUACCCAAGAAGACUAUCCAAAUGUCCCAGUUGUUGAUGAAACUGAUGGACCUGAUUCAAUGCAGUGUGCUAAAGUAGACAUUGUUCCCUCACUUGUUGCAGUUCCACCAACUAAAAGAGUUAGAGCGGAAGAAGAGAAAUUUAAAGAUGAACAGGCAGCUAAACUGAUCAAGAAAGAGACUCAAAAGGUUGCCACAUUUCUUGACGUCCUGUUAGACAUGAAGCCUCAAAUGGGUGACCUCAAUAGGCUUUUUGAUAGUUCUGCUGCCCACCAUUAUUUAACUAUUGGUAUUGCACUUGGUGUUAAAGUUGAUGACCUGCCACCUAAUCCACAAUCAACCACUAGUAACCUCAUACUAGUGUUCCAGAGGUGGAUAGACUCUGAUAAAGAAGUGACCUGGAGGAAAGUACUUCAAGUUUGUGAUGAUUAUCCUCAUAAGUUUGGACUAGUAAAAGCUGAAGUGGAAAAGUUUCUUUCAUCAGAUAGAGCUUGCAAAGAAUAUUUAAAAUAGUAUAUGUAUUCCCCUUGUGUGUGUUCAAGUGUACGGUAAUUACAAUGGCUUGAUAGUAUGGCAAAUUAUUUCCUUGUUGAGACUAUUAAAUUUAAAAUACCUUUUUAGGUUACAUUCCAGUUUAGCUCCUACCUAAUUAGUAAUUAAUUUUAAUAAUUUUAACCCCUAAAUCUAAACUUUAAAAAA